CCUGUCCUGACUUUCUGUCUCGGUUACCGGCAGUCACUCUGUCAUUCACUCUGUCAGGCACAGUUACACCUACACCUCUUGUCACCAUAUAACUACCUAGGUAGUUAGUACAGAGUACUAUCUAUCUAUCUAUCUAUCUAAAAUGCACUCCCAUUCCCCCCUUCUCAUGUCGCCCUCCCACUCCCCCUCGUCCCCUCGACCCUCACCGCCGCCGUCGCUGCCUCACGCACGCUCGUCGACCAAAUCCCCGGCCUUCCACCUCGGCACGCUGCCUCGCUUCCACCCGGCUGUCUACCAGUCGGCAUCCACCUCGACGGCUACAACCAUCAACCCGGUGAACAAACAACAACAACAGCAACAACCGCCCUCCUCUCCGCGACAGUCCCGCCAACUUGUCGCCCCUGCUGCAGCCACAUACCGCACCUCGGCCACCUCGUACCGCGAAUGGGUCGAAAGCAUCACUCUCCCACGCACGCCCUCUGGUCCCCGUUCGCUGAGCCCCUCGGCGCCCAGACUGGAUCCCCUGCGCAGCCCUGGACCCGUCACCCCGUUGGCUCUCGAGGAGGCGGGCAAUUAUCUCGCGGCGGGAGAUCACAGCAGCAGUGGUAUCCUUCGGGGGUCAACGUCAACUCCUGGUGCUGCUGGUCAUCACUACCUUUCCAACGCCCCGUCACCAGAUGUGGUGGAGAUGCUGAUUGUACGGGAGAAGGACCGGGCGCGACAGCAACAGCAACCGCAUGUCCGGAAAACCAGCCGGGGCCAAUACGGUUGGUAGCGCUAUGGUGGAGAACUAGAGACAGAGUAAAAAGCGAUGGCCUGGGCAGAUUGAUUUUAUUUUCUUAUGCAUUGCCGGUGUUGUAUUUAUACCCUCAUUAUAUAGCAUAUCUUAGUACUGUUCUAUAGGUACUACAUGGAAGUGUCAACUGUACCCCGUACCACUAAGUUGUAACUAUCCAGUAGUUAUACCUAGACUCCCUAUGGUCCGGAGAUCUCCCUUGCUCCCCGA